AGGGGGGACACUGGCCUUCAAGGAGCGGGGGGAUUCCCGGGGGUUUCUCCCCGCGGGGGAGGAGGGGGUUCCCCGGGAGGAGGGCGGUGACGCCGGGGGCGGGUGGUGACGCAUGGGAAUCCCCGUGACGUCACCGCAGGGGGAUUCCUGCCUCGCCGGGGGAGCGCCCAAGGGUUUGGGGGUCCCGGGGGGCGCGGGUAUGACACGGCGGUUUGAGGGGUCUCGGGAGUUCAGAGGGGACCCCCGAGCAGGGUCUGGAUGAGACACGGGGAUCUGGGGGACGCCUGGGCGUUCGGCGGGGCUCUAGGAGUUUUCAGGGUUCCCCGGCAUCCCGGGGACCCCCGAACCCUCCCUUGCACACCGCCAGGUCCCCCCCGCGCCGCUCCGCCCCAGACGGUGAAGCAGCUGCUGAAGGAGCUACGGCAGCAGAGGAGCCGGGAAGGGGCGAGAUCCCCGGUUUUGGCUCUGCCCUCCCCGCGCCCCUCGGAUGGCGCUCCCUGGCCCGCUGUCCCCGCUGUCCCCGCAGUGACGCCCAGCCUCUGUGCGGUCCCACAUGUGUCACCCCACGGCAGCCCGGGGGGGGCCCAUGGGGGAAGGGUCUCCGCUCCGAGGGGGUUUCAGGCCUCUGCCAUCCCUGGCCCUGCCUGGCCCCAUCCCGCAGUGCCGUGGGGAGAAUUUGGGGCCUCCCUGCUGGGAAGGGAGAUCCAAGACCCGUAUCCUGAACCCCAGGACCUGGCAGCCGCCCGCGCCGCACUGGGGGGCCGAGACCCCCGGGAGCUGCUGCGGCAGGACGAGGAGGGGGACACGCUGCUGCACGUGCUCUGUGCUGGGGGGCACUGGGCGCUCGCCCGGGCUGCGGCCGAGGCUCUGCGCGACCUGGGGGGACUGGAGGUGCGGGAGCACCUGGGCAAGACUCCCCUGCUGGUGGCAGCAGCAGCUGCAGCCCCGGAGAUCGUGCGGGACCUGCUCGUCCUGGGCGCCAAUCCCGAUGCCGCUGACCACGGGGGCCGCACGGCCCUGCACCUGGCCGCAGCCUACGGGCACCCCGAAAUCCUCCAGGCCAUGAUGUCCUCGGGGGUUCCUGUCAACGUGGAGGCCAGAAAUUUUGAGGGCCAGACCCCUCUGCACUGCGCCGUCCUGGCCCACAACGCCUCGCUGCAGGGAGGGCACAGCCCCACGGGGGGCUCUGCAGGGGGGUCCCCCACUCCCCAGGACCGAUUCCGCUGUGUUGAGCUGCUACUGCAGAUGGGGGCAGACAGCAGCAGCCAGGACACCAAAAGCAGCCUGACAGCUCUGCAUCUGGCCGUGCGGGGAGGGAACCUUGCCCUGGCCCACCUACUGCUGCGCCAGCCUGGCAUGGCCCCCCGCCUUGUCAACAUGAAGGCCCACGGGAACACCCCCCUGCACAUGGCAGCAGCGCUGCCCGGGACCCCCAGCCAGGAGCCCCUUGUGAGGCUGCUCCUGGCCUGGGGUGCCGACCCCAGCACCCGCAACCUGGAGCACGACCUGCCCCAGAGCCUGCUGCCCCCUGGGGCCCCCGGAGAGCAGCUCCGCCUCCUCCUGAGGAGCCGCCGGGGGUCCCAUCGCCCCCCCCCCACCGCCGAGUGACGUCAGAGGGGCGGGGUCUCCCCGGUAGCGGAUGGGGGACACCCCCACAUUGGGGGAUCUCCCCAUGUUAACUUUUCCUGAUUUCAAUGAAAUUGCCCCCGAAUUUCUGUGAAAUGAGUCUGAACCACAUUGGUUUGGUGGGGGGAGGAGCACGGAGGGGCACCAGCUCCCCCUUGCCCUCCCCCCCAGCCUCAUUAAUGGGGGCUGCUAAUGAGGGGCAUCUCCUCUAAAUUGGGGGAUUUGGGUGGAGUAUGCCAAAUUGGAGAGGAAACCCAAAAACUGAGAGAAUUCUGGAAUUAAAUAAAAACUCUUAAAAUCUGAGUCUGUUUUUUCCCAGUGCCCUCAGUCUCUCCUCAGUCACUCCCAGUGCAUCCCAGUGACCACAGAAAAAGGAAGGGGUUCUGGAACAAAGGGCUUCAAAUUGAGAAAACCUCCUUUUUUCUUAUUUUGAGGAUUAAGUCAUCAAAAACACCCCUGUGACACUAUUUUAAGGCUUUAAAUUAAGGGGGUAAAUGGUGGGAAAUGUAAGGGGAAAAGAGCAGGAAACAUAAGGGAGAAAGGGUGGGAAAUGCAAGGGGAAGGAGGGUGAUAACCAUGGGGCACUUGGGGUGACUCCCAGAGGUGCCCCCAAAUGCUCAGGUUUCCCUCUCCCUGGCUCUAGAGGAACUGGUGAGGGGAGCAUCCCUCAGAACCAUCAAACCCCUCACUGCACCCACUGAAUCCCCUCACAGAUCCCCCAAUCCACCUUCAAACCCUCCCAAUAUCACCAAAACCAUUUCAGCCAGCUCCAGCUGCUCUUUAGCACCCUCAAACCUCACCCAGCACCACUGAAAGGCCAAUUGAUGCCACCCAACCAAUCCUUCCCAGCUCCCUCUACAUCUGCUUUGACACCACUGAAACUCCUCCUGGCAUCUCCAACACCAUACCAGC